GGCGGUGGGUUCGCCAUGGGUCUUGUUGGCGGUUCUGCCUUCCACUUCCUCAAGGGCCUCUACAACUCGCCCAAUGGCGCACGGAUUGUUGGCGGUAUGCAAGCUGCGCGCAUGAACGCCCCUGGAGUCGCCGGGGGCUUUGGAGUGUGGGCAGGCCUCUUCUCUGUCGCUGACUGCACCGCUGUCUACGUACGCCAGAAGGAAGACCCCUGGAACUCCAUAAUCGCCGGUGCCUCAACUAUGGGGCUCCUUUCCUUGCGCAAGGGCCUCAGAGCCUGUGCUGGAUCGGCUAUCGUUGGCGGUGCCCUCCUCGCAGGUAUCGAGGGCGCUGGCAUCGUAAUCAACACCUUCCUUGCCAAGCAGGAGAACACUCCACCGCUCCCUGCCGACGACCCCAAUGUUACCAUUGCCACAGGCCUACCUCAGGCGCAUGGGUCCUAUACUGACCUCUCAGGCUCGAGCAGCAACUUCCCAGGCCUUCCCCAACUACCCGUGUACCCUACUGAGGUUGCAAGCUCGAGUGUUAGCGGUAGCUGGUUUGGCAGUCUAUUUGGUAAGGAGGAGAAGAAAAAGGCUAGUAGCAGUAGGGGCACAUCGGAGAUAUUGGAGAGCUUUGACACGCCCAGCCCUCCAAUACCAUCGUUCGACUACAAGUGA